ACCCAUAAAAAUCAUAGAAUAUGUGUAGUAUACGGGUCUUGUGUUGGAUUCUAGAAACUUGGUUUCCUUUUUCAUUUUAUGUGACAGAAACCUGUCUUCAAUUCUACGUUGAGUGCGGGAGCAAUAAUGAAUAAACAGAAACUACAAAUUCGGUCAAUAGUAAUAAGUUGAACAGCUUUGUCAAUUUCAUAAAAGAAUCACGGAGCAAACACGUUUAUUUACUUUAGACUUGUUUUCUCACCAACUAAAAAAGCACUUUAGAGUUUAGACUUGUAUAUAAAAUUGAAGUGAUGUAUGUUCUUCUUCUUCUAUAAAGUAUUAGUGUCCCUUUUAUGCCUCCUGUAAUAAUAAUAAGGAAAUGGAAGAUGGGCCUUACAGUGGAAGUGGGGUGGAUAAGGGAAGGGCACAACAAUAUAAAGGAAGGGUCACAGUUCAUGUUAUCAUCGCUUGCAUUGUUGCUGCCACUGGCGGGUCCCUCUUCGGCUAUGACGUUGGAAUUUCAGGAGGGGUUGCUUCCAUGGAUGACUUUCUUCAGAGUUUCUUCCCCGCGGUGUACAAACAUAAAUUGGAAGCACAUGAAAACAACUAUUGCAAGUAUAAUAAUCAGGGCAUUUCUGCAUUUACCUCUACUUUAUACAUUUCUGGUUUUGUUGCAUCCCUGGUUGCAGCUCCAGUUACAAGGAAGUUUGGCCGGAGGACAAGUAUCAUAAUUGGUGGUAUCAAUUUUCUCAUAGGCUCAGCUCUUAAUGCUGCAGCUGUUAAUCUGGAAAUGCUCAUCAUAGGAAGAGUUCUGCAAGGUGUUGGCAUUGGAUUUGGAAAUCAGGCUAUUCCGCUCUAUUUGUCAGAGAUGGCGCCGACCCAAUUUCGAGGAGCCCUGAACAUGAUGUUUCAAGUCGCAACCACUUUUGGGAUUUUUACAGCAAAUAUGAUCAAUUAUGGAACACAGCAGAUUCAACCAUGGGGGUGGAGGUUGGCCCUUGGCCUUGCUGCAAUACCAACUCUUCUGAUGACUGUCGGAGGAAUAUUUAUUCCAGAGACUCCAAAUAGCUUAGUAGAAAGAGGAUCAAAGGAACAAGGGAGGAAGCUCCUUGAAAAAAUGAGAGGAACGGAUGAGGUAGACGCAGAGUUCCAAGAUAUGCUUGAUGCAGGUGAAUUGGCAAACUCAAUAAAGCACCCAUAUUGGAACAUCCUUAAAAAAAGAUACAGACCAGAGUUGGUCAUGGCUAUCUGCAUGCCUGCAUUCCAGAUUCUGACCGGCAUAAACUCAAUUCUCUUUUAUGCUCCAAUGCUAUUUCAAAGCAUGGGAUUUGGCAGAGCGGCGUCUCUCUACUCCUCAGCCUUGACUGGAGUAGUUCUUGCCUUAUCAACAUUCAUUUCUAUUGCAACAGUAGAUAGAUUGGGGAGACGACCCUUACUCAUCAGCGGUGGAAUACAAAUGAUUGUAUGCCAGGUUAUAGCUGCCUUAAUUUUGGGGGUAAAGUUUGGAGAAAACCAAGCAUUGUCGAAAAGCUAUUCAAUAUCAGUUGUAGUUGUACUGUCUCUCUUUGUUCUAGCUUUUGGAUGGUCAUGGGGGCCACUAGGAUGGACAGUCCCGAGUGAGAUAUUUCCGUUAGAAGUUCGAUCAGCAGGGCAGAGUAUCACAGUGGCUGUAAACCUUCUGUUCACUUUCAUAAUCGCGCAGGCGUUCCUUUCCCUUCUAUGUUCUUUCAAGUAUGGGAUCUUUCUGUUUUUUGCAGGGUGGAUAAGCAUCAUGACAAUAUUUGUUGUCUUGUUCCUACCUGAAACCAAGGGAAUUCCAAUCGAGGAGAUGUCAAUUAUUUGGAGGAAACACUGGUUCUGGAAAAGGAUACUGUUGGAUGAUGCAGAUCGAUUAUCUCAGGACUCUGGAACUGAAUUAAUUCAUUUAGAUGUAUAAUCAACUGCACAUGAUGCAGUAUAGAACUGAAAAGUUUAUUCAGAUCAAUAGAGUUUACCUUCCAUUUGCCUCCUGUAAUUAAGAAAUUAGAGAACUAUAAAGUUAGUUAUAAAGGACUGGGUAGCUCUUAUUGUAUUUGUGGAAAAUGAUAAAAUUUAUUUAUUGUUUGU